AUGGCCUUAGUCCACACAAGUUAUUACGCGCAUCCGUUGGAAAACUCGCGACUUUCGCAGCGCGAACUUCUGGCGCGCAUUUUCGGCUACCCAGACCGGGAAACCGAAGACGAGCCCAUGGAGGUUGAAGAAUGCCUCAGUGAUUCAGGAUCGGACCAUGAAAUGGACGAAUAUCAUAAAGGUAUGAUUUCUUAGUUGUGUUCGUGGAUAGUUUUAUAACAACCAAAAGGUGGUCGCGGAGGUUUUGGAUCGAAAAGUAGAACGUGGAUCUUUGCAUGCAUGAAAGCAAACAUGGGGUAAUGAAAAUUAAAUAUGCCGAACGUGGCGUUUUUGUCCGUUUCAUUCUUCACUAUCCAAAUCUUUUUUGUGUGUACGUUGAAAUUAUUUUGGCCUCUCAGUUGAAGCACAAAUGAUUGAGUGUAUUUUAAUUGAGCUUUAUACAGCGCUCUUCUCGAGGAAAACGAACUUUGUACCGUCACAAACACGAAACGACAGGAUUUGCAUAUGCAAAGCUAAAAGGCUAUAUAUGUAAAAAAAAAACAGCUGCUUCCCUCAAAGAUCCUUUCAAUAUAGAAUUAGAAAAGCCUGUAAAAUUCUUUUACAGCAAGAGUUUUUUUAAAGGUUUUUUCGUAUUUUUGAAGUAAAUUUUCCCUUGUGUAAAAAGAACAGAACAGUUUUCCAUGCAGUUUCCUGUCCGGUCGGCAUGAAAACGCUGAAUUGUGCAUGUUUUCUCUUGUCGUUCGUGCUGCAGCUUUUGGAAAUGAUAUUGUUCAAUUACCACAUUUUAUUCCUUCACGUGAUCGUCUUGUGGCAAUAUAUGCUUUCCAGUUUCGUGCCAAAAAACGUAAAAUUUCGUUUUCUUCGGUGCGUGCACUGAAAACUCUUUGGGCGAGGUUCGUCACGACCAGCUUGUUAUUAGAAGUGGAUUUUUACCNAACGUGGAUCUUUGCAUGCAUGAAAGCAAACAUGGGGUAAUGAAAAUUAAAUAUGCCGAACGUGGCGUUUUUGUCCGUUUCAUUCUUCACUAUCCAAAUCUUUUUUGUGUGUACGUUGAAAUUAUUUUGGCCUCUCAGUUGAAGCACAAAUGAUUGAGUGUAUUUUAAUUGAGCUUUAUACAGCGCUCUUCUCGAGGAAAACGAACUUUGUACCGUCACAAACACGAAACGACAGGAUUUGCAUAUGCAAAGCUAAAAGGCUAUAUAUGUAAAAAAAAAACAGCUGCUUCCCUCAAAGAUCCUUUCAAUAUAGAAUUAGAAAAGCCUGUAAAAUUCUUUUACAGCAAGAGUUUUUUUAAAGGUUUUUUCGUAUUUUUGAAGUAAAUUUUCCCUUGUGUAAAAAGAACAGAACAGUUUUCCAUGCAGUUUCCUGUCCGGUCGGCAUGAAAACGCUGAAUUGUGCAUGUUUUCUCUUGUCGUUCGUGCUGCAGCUUUUGGAAAUGAUAUUGUUCAAUUACCACAUUUUAUUCCUUCACGUGAUCGUCUUGUGGCAAUAUAUGCUUUCCAGUUUCGUGCCAAAAAACGUAAAAUUUCGUUUUCUUCGGUGCGUGCACUGAAAACUCUUUGGGCGAGGUUCGUCACGACCAGCUUGUUAUUAGAAGUGGAUUUUUACCGGCUUCUGUCGAAAUGCGUAAUCCGCUCUGACAAUCAUAACACAUAAUCCUUUAAUACAAAUUUAUAGAUAUGUCAAUGUUAAUGGUCUUCGCAUUGAGUCGCUCAGAAAGCCGAAAUUUUGAAUUUCUGUGCGGCUUGGUUCAGCUGAAUUUUAAAUGUUUGACAUAUUUUUGAUCCAAGAAAAUAAUUUUUUAUUGGUACGCUUGGAGUGUUUUGCUGAUGUGUAAUCUACUAGCACUAGCUUUAAAACAGCCACUCGACAAAAAUGUGAAGAUUUGAGAUAUUUGAAAUGGGUAUAUUUUAUUGCUUGUUUUCAAUAUUAUUAUAAAAUGUCCUCGCCCUCUCAGAGGGGUACAAAUGUUCCCAGUCUGAAUUUCAAAACCAGUCAUUUGGCAUACCGAGGAGGAGGACAUGUUCCUGUCAGUAUAUUACUGUUGAGUUUGUUUCGAUAACCUGGGGCUAGUGGAUUUUGUUUUUUGGCUAGUGAUUUGUUUUUUGGCUAGUGAUACCGAGGAGGAAGACAUGUUCCUGUCAGUAUAUUACUGUUGAGUUUGUUUCGAUAACCUGGGGCUAGUGGAUUUUGUUUUUUGGCUAGUGAUUUUUGUUCUUAACACUCGACGGGCAAGUGCUGUUUUUUGGGGAGAUUCAAAUGGAUUGUAAACAAUCCUGAUAAUCAAAAAGGGUUUGUAUAGGUAAUAGCAUGAUUAGUAGUGAUAUUUGACAUAAAUACCACGAGUGAUAUUUCAAAAUUGUUACACGUAAUUUCAGGAGCCGUUAGGCGAGUGAAAUUUGAGACAAUUUUGAAAUAUCACGAGUGGUAUUUACGCCAAAUAUCAUGUACAAAUCAUGCUAUUAAUUGUUUAUACUACUACCUGCAAAAGGUUGUAAUUUUCACAUGCAGGUAUUUCAAAUUAAGCUGAAAAACCACUGCUCUAAGCCAAUCAAAUUGCAGAUAUUUCUCAUGUAGUAGUAUAAUGGAGCUAAUUGAAAUGACUUGUGGGCUAGUAUUUGCUAGCUACAGCUUGCCCGAAUUGCAGGCUGUAAAACUGACUUUCUUUGCACCCUGCUUAAGCAACAAGAACAUUGACGUCCUGGAUGUCAAAAAUGGCACCCGGAAGUUGAUAUUUUCUCUCUUUUAGUGUGACUCGACAAAUUCGUACAUUGGGAGUUAAAACAAAGACUGUUAAAUUCGUUGUGUGAGAUAAAAGUGUUCCAUCAAGUGAGACAUCAAACUUCUGGUUGCUAUUCAUAAUGUCUGGGAUGUCAGCGUUCUCGUUGCUUAAGAUCACGGUGUAAUUUGUCAAAUGUCGCUGCUUCAAGGCCAUGUCACCUGUAGGGAUUUUACCCUUACUGGGCCUGUAUUAUCAAGGAUAUCUGUCUGAAGGUAUUCCUGGAGACUAUUCUUUUUUUUUUUACCACAUAUCUGCUUGUUUCAUGACUUUGUAAAAAAAACCUUCAAAUUUAACCACACUUUCAUAUAUUUAAUGUUAUUUAGCAUUGACACCAGGAGAAGGGAAAAAUUUUUGAUGGAAUGAAGGAAUUUCUUAAAUUUAAAUUUCUCAAACGUGGUCAAGACUUUACAGUUUUACCUUUUUUCAAUAGAACUGAGGGAGAAAAGAAAUAACCUAAUGGGCAAAUGAUCCAAAACCAGCUUGCAACCCCUAGGAUAAAGACUGUUAAUGCACUGUGUUGAUAACAGAAAAAUCAAAGUUAAGGCCUGGCAUAUUAUUAUAUUUCAGCUGCACAUGGGAGAUGUACAGUUAAACGCACUUGUUGGCCUUCUAAUGGUUGAACUUCCUUCUCCAUGUCAAGGCACAAGUCUUGAUGAAAAAGGAAGUGUUUUUGAGGUAUCGAGGUAAAGUGCAUACAAUCCUGAACUGACUUUGUUGUUUAAUGUCAGUGUUGUGGUUGUGUUCAUUCAUAUUGUUUGUGCAGUGUUUUUGUUGUACUGUAUUGUAAGUUUUUUGUGUUUCUGUCAUUUUAUACAUUCAUAGAAUCCUUUAGCUUCAUUUGCCAUUGUAUUGGCUGCAGCUAUUUGGCAAAAUAAUUAAAUUGGACAAGCCAACCAACUUAAUUCGGACAGAAUUUUUUUGAAGAGUAAAAUUGAUAUUUCCAUUAUUUGUUUUGGCAACCUGUUUAUACACACAGUCCAUGCAGAGGCAACUAAGAUAAGUGGUUGUUCUUCCUUCUCCAGUUGAGACUUUUACAAGUCUUGAUAAAAAAGGAAGAUAGGCCUCAAACUUAGGUAUAACUUGUAUGGUAGGAGAUGCUCAAAUUUAAUAAUUUUGUUCAUUAAGUUCUUUUGUUCCAGUUUGGUUUUUGAUACGUUGACGCAUAAUAAUGAGUUAAAAAACAAAUUGUAUGAAAAUGUAAAUUAUGCUUAUCGGUUAUGUAAAAUUAAUCUCUUAUAUUUUUGCUCUUUGCUGUUAUGUGUUGUACCUUCAUAUUAUUCUAGUACUUUUCAACUUGAAAUUGUAACCAAACUAUUGCCAUAGAAAUGCUAAAUACUGUAGAGUUCGUUACUUGUUUUGCAAGCAUGAAAAGGUUAAGGAAAUUGUAGCUGCUUAAAAAAAUUAUUUAAAUUGAACAUAUCACUUGUACUGAAGUUGACUUAUUGUAGUAUUGACUGAAGAGAAUAGUUUCGAUGCUGUCCUGUUUGUAUGCAAAGAUGUGUUUAAGGAAUUGACAUUAAUAAGUUCAAGCUUACUCCAUGCAGCAGUUUAGCUUUGCCUGUAGAAUAAAGCUUAAUUUCCCUUUGUGCUACAUUAUUUUGCAGAUUGUGAAUGGAAAUGGGAUCCUGAAACACUUUCAUCAUCAGUAUGCCUCACAAGAGGCAAUAAAGAGGUGCUCUUUCACCCAGAUUACAGCUGUGGAACUGCAGCAGCUAAAGGCUCACAGCCCCUUACACCAGGGGGAGAAUACUAUUGGGAGAUUAAGAUGACCAGUGCUGUCUAUGGUACAGACAUGGUAGGUGACAUGUGACAGAUUGUUUUAGAGCCAUCUGACAGAGACAGAAACAGACAGAUUAAACGGACAUGGUAGUCAGUUCUGGAUUUGGUUAUAAUUUACCAAAGUGACUCUUAAAAGACCUGCUACAGUCAAGACAACUAGCUGGCACCGUUUGUUUGGUGGGCUCUUGCUUUCACCCUGCAACUCCAAUAUUACUCUGAUAAAGUGACUUUCUUUGUUGGACAACUCCACAGUAAUCAGGACAGUGACAAAUGUGUUGUAUAUACCGUACAGACUGACAUACCCUGUUGACAUUGACAAACUUGAUGCACCUAACACAGAAUGCUUGCAAUAAUGACAUUCGCUCUCAACAAGCUACAAUCUUCAAACAGUGAUGCUCUUUAUGCUGUAUGGACUUACAGUUGACAGAAGAACUAGACAUUGUAUCCUUUAUUUCUUCAUUACGUGGAUAAGAUUCUGCACUUAUUAAGACAUCUCCUUUUUGUAAUCCAGGAGAAGCCAGGCUAUUGCUUAGUAUACGUUUUUUUAGAGAUAUUUAGCUCCACAGAGACUUUCAAAAAAGUGGUUAAUAAUAUGAAUAGUUGUUUUCUCAUAAGUCAACAUUUCGUAUCCAAAUAUCCAUCAUGGUAGUGAUCUCUGUUGUUUUUUGCUGGGAAUUAAGAUUUGUACCAUUUGACUAAUACAGAAUUUUGACAUAAAUGACAUACCAUACAACGGGGUGACUGCAUUUACAUGGAUCUGUAUGUGAAUAUAGUUAAUUCAUUAAUUUUUUUUAUGCAUUUUAACCAGAUGCUGGGAGUAUGCACAAGAGACAUGGACAUCACUCAGCAUAAAACCUCCUUCUGUAGCCUCAUUGGCAAGGACAGUAACAGUUGGGGGUUAUCCUACAUUGGAAAUUUUCAUCAUAAAGGAAAAUCCCAUAACUAUACUUCAAGAUUUGACCAUGGUUCAGUAAUUGGUAUCCAUUUGGAUGCCUGGCAUGGCAAGUUAUCGUUCUUUAAAGACAAUGAGCCACUAGGAGUGGCUGCUUCAAACCUUACUGGCAAAACCCUAUUUCCUGUAGUUUCUUCAACUGCGGCAAGAACAAAGAUGAAGCUGCAACGCAGUUCUUCCAUGUCUUUUUCUCUACAAUAUCUUUGUUGUGCCACCAUUGGUAAAUGUCUUCCAAAUCUUAAAGCAGUGGAGAGUCUGCCCAUCCCCCCAGGGGUGAGGCGACAUCUUUGUAAUGAACUAGACUGGGUGGUGAAGGUUCAUUUACCAUCAAAAAGGAGCUGACACAGACACAUUAAUUACACACUGUUUUAAGUUGCUUUUAUUUUACAAAAAAACUCAACACUGGGCUUCAGAGAGCUUAUCAAAGACCAUAGAAUGGCGUAACUGCUUCUAAAUGACUGUUGCUAUUAUUCUUUCUGUUUGGUGAAAAUCUUGUUGAAAUUAGAAACUAGGAGAACUUUAAAUGUUAAUUCAGCUAUUUGAACGUUCUCAAAGUCAUGGUUAUCCUAUAGGCUUAAAACGUAAAAUGACUGGAGUCUUGGCAUUUUUUCUUAUGGAGAACUUGGAAAGAUGGCUUUAGAUUUAAAUAUUAUUGUUGGUAUUUGUAAGUUUCAUAAAAAAGAGAGAACCAACAGUAAAGUGUGAGUAAAUAUGAGACAGAGAAAAAGGUGCUAUUUAUUAUGUUAUGCAUUUCAAAUCAUGUUAAUAAGUGUAAAUAAGUAAAUAAUGGUAUCAGUUUUUGGGUUGGAGAGAGAAACUAAGUUGAUUGAUAACAAUAGAUCAUUUGUAUUUUGCAGAGUUGUGUUUAUAAAAGUCUUUUGUUGUUCCUUUUCAAUGUUAUUGUGAACAGCCCAGCUGUUAAUCACAGAGUUUAUAAUAAAAAAAUACAAGUUGAACAUUUAAACGUUUUACUGGAUGCCUGAAGUAACAUAUCAAUCAUAAGACGAAUACGGUCUGCAUUUCCUCUGUUAAGCGUGGUUAUUUAAAAACUUGUCUAAAAGGAAGGGUACUCGUUGGAAGGAGGGCUCUUAAAAGAUAACAGCAUUUUGAAAGUUUCAUUUAAUAUCCAGAUACCUUGAAGUUAAUUUCAUAGUUGGCCAGGGAGGAUUAAGUAAUAUAUCAUUGUACCUUGCAAGAAAGUGAGC